CCCGUCUUGCCGGACCCUUUCUUCCCCCCAUCUCUCGCCCAAUUGUUCAACAUGUCGGCCUCGCCAGCAUCCCUCACCGACAUGGAGCAGCAACACCAGCAGCACCAGCUCCACCAGCACCAGCACCAGCAUCAACAACAACAACAGCAGCAGCAGCAGCAACAGCGCGCGCAACAGACGGCUGCCGCCAAGCGGAAGGCGUCGACGGCCGGACUGGAUGCGAAUGGUACAGGGAGGUCGGUCAAGAGAAGGGCCUCCAAGGCGUGCCAGUGCUGCCGGGCGCGCAAGGUGCGCUGUAACGUCACCGAGCACGGCGCGCCCUGCACCAACUGCAGACUGGACGAGGUGGAAUGCAUCGUGUCGGAGAGCCGGAGGAAAAAGAAAUGGUCAAAGGACGACGACGCUGCCAACAAUAAUACCGCAGACGUCAACCCUGGUCCCGCCAAGCGGAGACUGGCUUCCCGCGAUGCCCUCGACGGCCUCACCAACCUCGAGCCCUCGCCCGCCGCUCACCACCACCGUCUGUCACAUGACGCAGACUCGCUGCUCGACGAGCACGUGCCGCACUCCAUCUACCAAACCCAUGGCCAGCGCCUCAACUACAGCUUCUCCGAGCUGGACCGCCGCGUGUCGUCGGCCUCGUCCAAUGGCUUCCCUAUCUUGGGCUACAGUCCCAUCUCUACCGACUCGCGGCCUUCUUUCCCCUACAUAGCGCCAAAGCAGAACCCGGCCCAGACCCUGCCGCUCUACAUCAAACCGCUGCCGCCGCGGAUAGGGCCGGAUGAGAUAGCUUAUCUGGAGAAAAAAGGCGCGCUGUCGAUCCCGAGUCCAGACCUGCGGACCGAGCUCCUGCGCGCCUACGUCGAAUUCGUGCACCCCUACAUGCCAUUGUUGGAUCUGCAUGAGUUUUUGCUCACGGUGGAUCACCAGGAUGGCAGCUUCGGCAAGACGAGCUUGAUCCUGUUUCAGGCCGUCAUGUUCGCGGGGUCGGCAUUUGCGGACAUGAAACAGCUGCGCCGAGCGGGAUUCGCCAAUCGCAAGGAGGCUCGGAAGGAUUUCUUCCAGAAAACCAGGUUGCUGUACGAUUUCGAUUAUGAGUCCGAUCGCGUGUCGUUGGUCCAAGCACUCCUCCUUUUGACAUACUACUACGAGACACCGGACGAUCAAAAGGAUACCUGGCACUGGAUGGGGGUGGCCACCUCGGUGGCCCACACCAUCGGCCUCCACCGGAACCCCGACAAGUCCAACAUGGACUCCAAGCGGACGAAGCUUUGGAAGCGCAUCUGGUGGUCGACGUAUAUGCGGGACCGGCUUAUCGCCCUGGGCAUGCGCCGCCCCACCCGUAUCAAGAACGAGGAUUACGACGUGCCCAUGUUGACGCUGGAUGACUUUGAUAUUGCGGCUCUGCCGGAGAGCGUCACCUGCAUCCCCGCCGACUGCAUUGUCGCGCGCGACACGGAGACGCAGCGGAAGCUGGCCCUCAUGUGCAUCCAGAAGGCCAAGCUGUGCCUUUGCAUCAGCCACGUCCUGUCGAAGCAGUACUGCGUCCUGAACAACAACCAGGGUCUCCUCAAUGACCGCACGACGAUGAUGCUUCUGCCCAAGAAGCUCGACCCGCAGAAGUGCGAGGUCAAGGCUUGCGAUGAGGAGCUGCAGCGCUGGCAAGACGGCCUGCCGGACGAGGUUAAGUACGAGGAAGCGUCCAGCGGCAACCCGUCGAUCGAUCUGCACAAGGCCCUCCUGCACAUGAUCUUCUACACGACGCUGUCGGCGCUGCACCGUCCGCAAGUGCUUCCAUCCGGGCCGGGUCCCGCGCCGGCUGGCAGCGACGGCACCGAGGUCCUCGACGUGUCGCGACGCAACGUGCGGCGCGCGGCGACAGCCAUCACGGGCAUCGCGCAGAAGCUGGACACGCUGGACCUGGUGCGGUACCUGCCGACGACGGGCGUGACGGUGCUGCUGCCGGCCAUCAUCAUCCACCUGCUGGACAUCAAGGCGCCGGACGAGUCGACGCGCCGCACCAGUCUGCGCGGCUUCUGCCAGUGCAUGCAGGUCAUGGGCAAGCUGCGCGACCUGUACGCCGCCGCCGACUACAGCACCGCCUUCCUGGAAGCCGCGAUCCGCAAAGCCGGCAUCAACAUUGCGCCGGUGCCGCCGCCGCCCGCGCCCCCCGCCGCUGCUACGCCCCAAACAACGACGACGCUGUCCGGCGUGGCCGGCAAGCCGGGGGCGCCACACCUGGCGACCACGGUCGACGACCUCGUCAACGCCGGCCGCCGCAUGGACACCGCUGCUGCUUCGUCCACCACCACCACGACCCUCCCCGCCGGCUAUACCAUUACGCCGCCGCCGGACAACCUGGCCGACGCGCCUGCCGCGGCGGGCCCUGCUGGCGCGAAAAACACGCCCGACGACGAGGUCGCGCGCCGCCUGGAGACGUUCCUGGCCUCGACGCCGCCCGCGUCGGACCACCACGCCAGCGACGCCAGCCAGCCGGACCUGGACGGCACCGGGGGCCACGCCCACGCCCACGCCCACGCCGACGCGCUGGAUCUGGGCCACGCAGGCGGCGCGGACCUCUUCCCCUGGAGCCUGGACGCGCACGUAGACGCGCUAGGCGGGUUCGGCGGCGCGGGCGCGGUGGGCGCCACGGCGGACGCAGGGCUGGAUGACGGCGUUGCGGCGGCGGAGUUCGACGCGCUGCUGAAUAUGGAUGCCGUUGGGGAUGCGUUUGGGUUGCAUGAUUUUGGCGCGGGGGCGGCGCAUGAGGGCGAGGGCGCGGGGGUUUGGGGCGCCGGUGGGGAUGUCGAGUGGAUGCGGGGGGUUGUUUGAGCGAGCUUUUGGUUUGUGGUUUGGUUUGGUUUGAUUGGGUUGAGAGUUGAAAGAGGAGGCUUUUUCUUUUUGGUGGUGAGAUGGAGAUGGGUUUGCGCGAGCUUGGCGUUCUUUGGGGGUGGGGGGUGCGAGAGCUUGCUUGCUUUGCUUGCUUGCGGUUGGGCUCUUCUUUUUUUUUUUUUUUUUUUUUUUUUUUUU